AUGGGUUUGCUCGUCGAAGGCAGUCCACUGGACUGGCCGGAUGCCCUCGAAUGGCUGCAGCACGUCCGGACGCAGGGCAUCGACCAGUUCUUGCACACGUACAACCGCGUGAAGGACAUUGAGGGCGACGAGCUCAAGUGGGGCGACGAGCUCGAGUAUGGCGUGUUCCAAUUGGAUCGAUACCGGAAACGCGCGCGUCUGGCGCUACGGGGUGCGGAGAUCUUGCAGCAGUUACAAGCCAAAGAGAAGACGUCUAAGGAGCACGGGGAUUCAGCGGGUUGCAGUUCACCAGCUGGAGCUGGUGCUGGCCAUUUCGUGGACGGGUGUAACUGGGUCCCCGAGUACGGCUCGUGGAUGAUUGAAGGUACCCCAAGUGCCCCCUAUGGAGGCUUUACCAGUGAUCUACGCAAGGUGGAGGGCAACAUGCGGCUCCGUCGGGCGCGGCUCUUGGCGCUGCUGCAUGAAGACGAGAUUGCGCCGUCGGUCACGGCGUUUCCGAUGAUGGGCGUCGGAGACUUUACUGUGCCGUCUAGUCAGCCCCAUGGCCCGGUGGCUCUCUCGGACUACAUCAGUGAUGCUGUGAUUAAUCCGCACCCGCGUUUCGCGACGUUGACGAGGAACAUUCGUCAGCGCCGGACGAGGAAAGUGGACAUUCGUGUUCCGAUCUUUCAGGACGUGUACACGGAAGCUAGACUGGAGGAGGAGCAGGCAGAUGCGACGUGGAAUGCAGAGAAGUCGCGACCAAAGUAUGAGUCGAAGAAAGACUUGCUGGCGCUGCUUGACGACUCGGUACCGACGUCGCCAAGCUCGACGACCAACUCGGAAGAUAAUACCCAGUCCAAGUCACCACUAGCAUUGACCUCUGAAGGAAGAGCUAUAGACGGCGAGUCGAAGUUGUUUGCUCGCAGGCUUGUGGCUCUGGACUCGAACCACAAGGCUGAGCCGUACCCGGGUUUCAUUCAUAUGGACGCGAUGGCUUUUGGCAUGGGCAUGUGCUGUUUGCAGGUGACGUUUCAGGCGAAGAACGUGGGCGAGUCGAGGCACUUGUAUGAUCAUUUAGGGGUUCUCUCGCCCAUCUUGUUGGCACUCACCGCGGCGACGCCCAUCCUGAAGGGUCGACUGGCUGACACGGAUGUGCGAUGGGCCACUAUUUCUGCGGCGGUCGAUGACCGAACGCCUCAAGAGCUAGGAGAGGCCCCGGCUCCGACAGACCCAGAGACCGUGGCGAAGUAUGCCAAGAUGGCGGGCAAUGGUAUCAAACGUCUGCCCAAGUCUCGCUAUGAAGGCAUUUCGACGUUCAUUUGUAACCACAAGCAAGGCGAGGAUCCGCAUACGUCGACUGACAAGUACAAUGACGUCGAGGUUCCGUACGACGAGGACUCGUACAAGACUCUGAUUGACGCAGGUGUGGACCGUCUUCUUGCGCUCCAUAUUUCGCACCUGUUCAUCCGCGACCCUUUGGUCAUUUACGAGCAACGCCUGCACUUGGACAACGAGUGCGAGACCGAUCAUUUUGAGAACAUUCAAUCCACGAACUGGCAGACUGUGCGGUGGAAACCGCCGCCGCCAGUCUCACCGAGCGCUGAGGGACCUCAUAUCGGUUGGCGCACCGAGUUCCGAUCGAUGGAAAUUCAGCUCACGGAUUUCGAGAAUGCCGCCUUCACGGUGUUUAUCGCGCUCGUGUCGCGCGUGAUUCUCACGUUUGACCUGAACCUGUACACUCCGCUGUCCAAGGUGAAUGAUAAUAUGGAGGCUGCGCAUCGCGUGAAUGCCGUGCUGGACGAGAAGUUCCACUUUCGUUGUCAUAUGGCUCCACCGCAAGUCGACGAUUGUCUGUUGAGUGAUCCAUGCCGCUUGCACGAAGACCCCGAUGCGUGUGAGCUCAUGACGAUUGCCGAGAUCAUGUUGGGCAAGGGGUCGUAUUUCCCAGGCCUCAUUCCACUUGUCUACGCUUACUUGGAUCACAUCGAGUGCGAUGAAGCCACACGGACGCUUGUGGAGAAAUACAUGUGCCUCAUUGCGAAGCGUGCAACUGGCGAGUUGCCCACAGCUGCUACCUGGAUGCGUCGCUUUGUGCGUGCACACCCGGAUUACCGCCACGACUCUGUGGUGCCUCACUCGACGGCGUUUGACCUCCUUAAUGAGUGCCAGCAUAUUGGUGAGGGGUUGAAGCAGUGUCCGGAGCUGCUGGGCGACUUUAAGAUUGCCCCCGUGCGAGGCCAGGCAGCGUACCGCGUUCCGCUGAAGAGCAGCGGAAUUGCUACUGAAAAGCGUCAGGCACUGCUCCAGCGAUACUUGAAUCGCACUGCUUCGAAUGCGUGUGGAGCAGAUCAUUGCUAA